AUGUCCCAGACGUUUCAAGAACCCAAUCCGGAAGUCCCGUUUCCCGACCACGCAUAUGUUGUUGGGAAGUAUGAUGGAUGUUAUCUCCAGACUGAACAGAGUCUCCCUAGAGUCUACAAACCCUUUUUGGGGCAGGAGAUCAGUGGGGAUGGGCAGACACCUAGCUGGGACCCACAAGCAAACAGUUAUCAGAGAGUGUUUUGCCAUGUCUUCAAUGGGUAUUGGGGAGAGGGCUCUGAAGUUCAACUUCCCGAGUAUCUGACCUCUUCAACCGGACGGAUUUUCAAAUGGGAUUCGGUAGCUUCCGUCUACGGGCUUAUCCCAAUCCUGAAUGCUGAUAUACCGCAGUCUCAUUUUGCAAACUUAGAGGUCCAGCAAACAUCAAUGAGGAGGAUGAGUCAAGGUGGUGCAGUCUUUGAUGUGACUCCUGAGUCGGAGCAUAUUCCAUCUGUUGAGUGUCUCACUUGUCAACAGUUCGGGAUAGCCUGCCGGUCUGGUUCAGUGAAUGACAGUGAAAACGGAACAGCAAGAUUAAGUGUAAACGAUGGUUACAUACAAUUUCAGAUAUCCAAAUGUGGACCGUGUACUCGGCGUGCAGGAACCGACUACUUCUGUCUCUUUCCAUUAGCCUUUCCAUUUGCCUCCCAGGAUGCUAUUCCAGAAGAGAAACACCCUUCAAGUUUGGAGGGUGAAUCUAGAAACCAAGAUCCAUUCAGGCACUCAUUGAAGGAAUCAGGAAAGCACGGUUUCGUUAGAACAAGCUGUCAGACGUGCAGAGAUUCUAAACAAAAGUGUGAACCUUCACCCGAGGGUGAUUCUGCUUGUUUGAGAGAUCAAGCUGCCAAAGCUGCAGGUCUUUAA